CACUCAGGGUCCGGAAGUGACGCAGACGGAGUUCCGGCUUCGGCCUCCGCCGCUGCCUCCGCCAGUACUGCCGCCGCUGCCGCCGCUGCCGCCGCCGCCGCCGCUUGUUGUUCCUAAAAUGGCGCCUCUGGAUCUGGACAAGUAUGUGGAAAUAGCGCGGCUGUGCAAGUACCUUCCAGAGAACGACCUGAAGCGGCUGUGUGAUUAUGUCUGUGACCUUCUGUUGGAAGAGUCGAAUGUUCAGCCAGUAUCAACACCAGUAACCGUGUGUGGGGACAUACACGGACAGUUUUAUGACCUUUGUGAACUAUUCAGAACUGGAGGUCAGGUUCCUGAUACAAACUACAUAUUUAUGGGUGAUUUUGUAGACAGAGGUUACUAUAGUUUGGAGACCUUCACAUACCUUCUUGCACUAAAGGCUAAAUGGCCUGAUCGUAUUACACUUUUACGAGGAAAUCAUGAGAGUAGACAGAUAACACAGGUGUAUGGAUUUUAUGAUGAGUGCCAAACCAAAUAUGGAAAUGCUAAUGCCUGGAGAUACUGUACCAAAGUUUUUGACAUGCUCACAGUAGCAGCUUUGAUAGAUGAGCAGAUUUUGUGUGUUCAUGGUGGCUUAUCUCCUGAUAUUAAAACACUGGAUCAAAUUCGAACCAUUGAACGGAAUCAAGAAAUCCCUCACAAAGGAGCAUUUUGUGACUUGGUCUGGUCAGAUCCUGAAGAUGUGGAUACUUGGGCAAUCAGUCCCCGAGGAGCAGGUUGGCUCUUUGGAGCAAAGGUCACAAAUGAGUUUGUUCAUAUCAACAACUUGAAACUCAUCUGCAGAGCACAUCAGCUUGUGCACGAAGGCUAUAAAUUUAUGUUUGAUGAGAAGUUGGUCACAGUGUGGUCUGCUCCUAACUACUGCUAUCGCUGUGGGAAUAUUGCUUCUAUCAUGGUCUUCAAAGAUGUCAAUACAAGAGAACCAAAGUUAUUCCGGGCAGUUCCAGAUUCAGAACGUGUUAUUCCUCCCAGAACGACGACGCCGUAUUUCCUUUGAGGCCUUCACCCCUCCUGCUGACCCAUUUUUCUGCCCUCCUCUUACCCCACUUUUCUUGUAUUACCCUCUACAAUAUACUUUUUAUUGAGCACUUUGCUGCUGAAAUGCUGCCUCUUGCCUUUUUUUUAAAUUUUAAAUUAUCUAAAUUUAUUAUUUGUUAUGGUGUCUAUAGCAAUGUUUUUCUAUCAGUUUUGUCACCCAUCCCAUCCCCAUCUUGGACUCAUUUGAGAAGACUUGAGAAAUGUCUUAAAUACUCACACUGCUGCAUGUAGCUCUUGCUUAUUUACUGAUCUGGGGAGACAGGAUGUGUUUCCUUUUUUUAAAAAGCCAAUUAACAACAUCAAAAUACUCUUCCUUUUGUAUCAUUCAGCCUUUUCCUUUUAGUUUGGUAAGUUUCAAGAAAUUUCAGCAGCAAAGUUGUUAUUCAGUGGGCACUAUGGACUGCAGAUGCCUCAAGUUAUGUAUACCUGUCCCAGCUGUAAACUUCAUUGUCCUUUGUUGGAUGAUAUUUUAAAAGGAUAUAAAAUAAAUUGGUCUAAAGGGCUGCCCUCUUUGUUGUGUUUUUAAAUUUUAGUUGAAAACUGCUACAGCUUAUGACUUUGUACAUUAAGAUAAUUGUAUUGAUCUUUUUUCAGAUUCCUUGUAUUUUUUAAUAAAUAAUCUUAAAACCCAGAUAAGAUUAAGUGUUAGAAAUUUUAAACAGCUUACAUUGUUAGCUUAAAGUUACCUUUUUUCUUUUUUCCUAAUUAGAGAUCCUGAACUUUGGUUAUUGAGUCUAAAACUUCAAUUGAAUUCAGUAGUGUUUAUUUAAA